AUGUUUCUCCAUCAGUAUGAUUACAUCUUCGGCAUUGGCACGGUCUUUGCCAUGCUCGACGCCUACAACAACGGAGCCAAUGAUGUCGCCAACAGUUGGGCCACCAGUGUCUCUUCUCGCUCAAUCUCGUACAGACAGGCCAUGGUACUCGGCACCAUCUUCGAGUUCCUUGGUGCCGUGACUGUCGGAUCCCGCACUGCUGACACCAUCAAGAACGGCAUCAUUCCAAACUCAUCCUUCAAGGGAAAUGCUGGUGUGCAGAUGCUCGCCUUCACCUGUGCUCUCGCCGCUGCCUCGUCCUGGGUCAUGUGGUGCACCCGUCACUCUGCCCAUGUCUCGUCAACAUACUCGCUCAUCUCGGCCGUGGCCGGUGUUGGUGUUGCAACGGUGGGUGCUAGCAAGGUUCAGUGGGGCUGGAACGAUGGCAAGGGUCUGGGUGCUAUCUUCGCUGGUCUGGGUAUGGCUCCGAUCAUCUCGGGCUGCUUUGGAUCCAUCAUCUUCUUGUUGAUCAAGUACGUCGUCCACGUGCGGCGCAACCCCGUCCCCUGGUCGGUCUGGAGCUCCCCCUUGUGGUUCCUGGUCGCCGGUACCAUCUGCACCCUCACCAUUGUCUACAAGGGUUCUCCCAAGCUUGGCCUCAACAAGAAGCCUGGCUACUGGAUUGCCGGUGUAACGAUGGGCUCUGGCAUUGCUCUGUGUCUGCUUUCCGCUCUCUUCUUCCUUCCCUUUGUCCACGCACGUGUCAUCAAGAAGGAUCACACCGUCAAGUGGUGGAUGUUCGUGUAUGGUCCUCUUCUCUUCACCCGCCCAGCCCCCGCGGAGGGUGCCGAGACUGCCAAGGUCCCCAACUACGCUGUGAUCCAGGAUGAGGCCGACAAUGUCUCUCCCGCCUCCAUCUCUCCCUCUAUCACCUCCAUCGAAGAGGAGAAGAACCCUAGGAUGACCGUCGACUCGAAGGAGCGCCAGCUCGUCAGCAGCGAGACCAAGCAGCUCACGUACAAGGAGAUCAUGGCCCAGUCCGAGGCCCGCCACCGCGCCAAAUUGAUGGAGAACCAGGGCCCUCUCGGCUGGGCUAUGCGCUACCUCCGUGACAAUCCCAUGGGUGCUGGUGAGAUCUACGAGUGGCGCAACGCUCUGGCCCUGCUCAAGCGUAUCCCUGCCGUCAUUGUGGUCGGCCUUCUGUACGGUGCUCACUACGACAUCCACACCGCACAGAGCGGUAUCACUGGCACUCCUGAGGGUGAACGCAUGAAGCGUGUGUAUGAUGCCGCCGAGAAGUACCCCAACGAGGUUGAGCACACCUACUCUUUCAUCCAGAUCAUCACUGCCUGCACUGCAUCCUUCGCCCACGGUGCCAACGAUAUUGGCAACUCGGUCGGUCCCUGGGCUGCCAUUUACUCUGCCUGGUCCACUGGUGAUGCUGCCGCCGCCAAGUCUCCCGUGCCCGUGUGGCAGCUCGCUGUUCUCGCUCUUUGCAUUUCUGUCGGUCUGGUCACCUACGGAUACAACAUCAUGAAGGUCAUGGGUAACAAGAUCACCUACCACUCCCCCAGCCGUGGCUGUUCCAUGGAGAUGGGUGCUGCCAUCACCGUCCUCGUCUUCUCCCAGUACUCCCUCCCCGUUUCGACCUCCAUGUGUAUCACUGGCGCCACCGUCGGUGUCGGUCUGUGCAACGGAACCCUCAAGGCUGUCAACUUCCAGCGUGUCGGUCUGCUCAUGCUUGCCUGGAUCAUGACCAUUCCCGUUGCCGGCACCAUUGGUGGAUGUCUGAUGGGUCUCUUCAUCAACGCCCCUCACUUCGCUGGCAACUAG